AUGAAGAUUUUAUAUGUUUGUUUAAUAAUCAUUAUAUCAGUUACUAUGACUAUUCAAUAUAAUUAUGAAAUAUAUCCAAAUAAUUAUCGUAGACAAUUAAAUAAUGAAUAUAGCCCUAGCAACCAUUAUUAUUAUAAUAAUUAUGAUAAUAAUAACAAUAAAGGUAAACGUUAUGUUGGUAAUAAUAAUAUUAAUAACCGUUAUUAUUAUGGUCAUAAUCGUAGAAAACAUGGUAAUUAUUAUCCAUCUAAAAUAUAUACUAAUAAAAAACCUAAAAAAAUGCAUCUUAAAAGAAAAUAUCUUAUAGAAGGUGAAGCUAAACAUAUUCAUCAAAAACAUGGUGAAAAACAUAUAAAAUCAGUUGGUGAAUUAUUUGGUUUUACUGAUACAUAUCAAGGAUCUGAUUAUGCAUUAACAACAACAUUUCAUAAAGGUAGUGUAUCAACAAAAUAUGGUAAACCAAAAUAUUUUUCUACUUAUGAUACAGAAGGACAAGUAAAACAUUAUAAAAAUACACAUGGUCGUGCUAAAUUUAAUCUUAAUUCUAAAUUACAUGGUCAUGAAAAAUAUAAAGAUUUAAAAGAAAUGAAAGCAAAUAUAACAUUUGAAAAUAAUGAUGAUACAACAGAUGAUGAAUCGAAUUAUUCACCAACAAGUCAUCCAUAUGGAAAAUUAGAAGGUUAUUAA